GCUUUCCCAUGGCUAUGAACGCAUCACACGGACGCAUGUCUGUUUCUCAAAGGAUAAACAAACCUACAUGAGCCAUCAGCAGCAGUAGUCUGUCAACGUUUAACAAAGAGUCGCAUUCAGGUGUGACUAUGGGGAAGUCUUUUUCCCACCUUGCUAAGCAGACAGGCCAUGACGAGGGUCAGGACAGCCUGACCUCUCCUCUGGAGGACACCCACACUGACGACGGAAAGGGAGGAGAUGUUUCCCAGUUUCCUUAUGUGGAGUUCACAGGACGGGACAGUGUGACGUGUCCCACGUGUCAGGGCACUGGGAGGAUCCCCAGAGGACAAGAAAAUCAACUUGUGGCAUUGAUUCCAUACAGUGACCAAAGGCUGCGACCCAGGAGGACGAAGUUGUAUGUAACAGCUUCAGUGGUGGUCUGCCUGUUACUGUCCAGUCUGGCUGUGUUCUUCCUCUUCCCUCGCUCCAUCGAUGUGUCCUACGUCGGGGUGAAGUCUGUUUUCGUCAGCUACGACCAAGAAAAGCGCAGCGUCUAUCUGAACAUCACGAACACCCUCAGUAUCACCAACAACAACUAUUACUCAGUGGAGGUGGCCAACAUCACAGCUCAGGUGCAGUUUGCCAAGACUGUGAUCGGUAAAUCUCGCAUCAGUAACAUCACUGCCAUCAGUCCUCUGGACAUGAAACAGAUUGAUUACAUGGUCCCCACCAUCAUUGCAGAUGAGAUGAGCUACAUGUAUGACUACUGCACUCUGCAAACCAUCAAGGUCCACAACAUUGUCGUCAUGAUGCAAGUGACUGUCACCACGGCGUACUUUGGCCAUGCGGAGCAGGUGUCUCAGGAGAUGUACCAGUACGUGGACUGCGGAGGGAACACCACCUCUAUCAGAGCAGUGACCAAGCCAUUCAACAUCCCACAUCCUGCUGAGUAACCCCAACACUGUUGUCUGACUCGGGCCCCGGAAGCUGGCCUUAGAUGGUUCACUGUGUUUUCCAUUCUCCCCCACCUGCCGUGUCUAGGAAACUGCUGCUGCCACCAUACCAUGAUGUUUACUUCAAUAUAAAUACCAGAAGAAAUCCACUCUAAGAUAAGAAAUUAUGUUUCUUAUGGAAGCACAUUGCAUUCAGCAAAGAAAAAAAUGAUCCAUUAAUGCUGCACAAUUAUCUCACGAUAAUAAGAUUUGUAUUUCAUUGCCUGCAUGCCUUGUAGCAUGAGAUCUGUGUCCCAUGACUGUAGGAAAACCUCUAAACACAAGAUUUCUCUUUUAUAGUUACAGAAAUACUGUCUUGUAGUUCGUAUCUCAAAUUAUGACAUCUAUAUUACUUAAAUACAGGAAAACUAUGACAUACUUAGUAGAUGUGUAUCUCGCAAUUGUAAGAAAGAAUUAAUAUAAUUAUGAGAUCCUCAACUCGUUAUCAGAAGAAAAUUGUUUAAUAAUUAUGAAAUACGGAUCUAAUCACAAGAAAAAUGUUCCAUUAAUACAAGACGUGUAUCUGGUCAUUACAAGAAGACUUUCAACAUAAAUAUCUCUUGUAAUAACAAGAAAACUGUUUUUUAAUUAUGAGAUCAUUAUACUGUAAUUACAUGUGUCAUAAAUUUGUAUCUUAGGACUGUAAGAAAACCAUCCCAUAAUUAGAAAAUCUCGAUCUCAUGAUUUAAAAAAUUCCCCAGUGUUGUCAGUGUCGUUUACAUUUCAUUAUUAUAGGAAAACUAAUAAUAAAGAGAUACGUAUUUCACAAUUACAAGAAUAUAACCAGUUAAAAAAACUAGGUAAUUACCUUGAAGUUGCAAGAAACACAAGACAAAUAUUUCAUAAUUUGAAGAUCUGUAUCAUAAUUUAAAGAUAUGUUUCUCUUAACUAAAAGACAUAUAACUUAUUUAUGAGUACAGUUUCUUAAAAUGAUCUCAUAAUAUCAUCGUGAUUAUGAGAUAUAGAUCUUGUAAUGAUUACAAGAUAACAUUUCCAAUUUUUUUCUCUUGCUGAAUGCAGUGUGAAUCUGUGCAUUUUUGUCCAGUCAAAGUAAAAGCAUUAAGGUGUCCUAAUGUUUCAGCUAGUUUAGUUUAACUGCUCCUCAGUUGCAGACAUUGUUCAAUGUUUGCUCGACCAGCUGCAGCUCUGACUAUCCAUUUCUUUUCCUUUGUCCUCUUCUUGUAUUUGUAAGGGAGUAUGUUAUCACUCUUUUGAGGUGAUGCUGAUGAGGAAUUUUAUCUCACGCCACUCUCUGGAAGCAGCCAUAGUUGCUGAUAAAUUUUUAAGGCCUCUGGUCUGGAGGUAACAGACUGUUUGUUGUCAGCAUCACUGAAUUGUUUGAUAUUGUCAGGAUAGCAACUUAUGUUUUUGUGUUGCUUAAAAGUAUCUCAUAAGAUUGUGAUCCAAAGGUCACUGCUUAACCACUCAUUUCAUUCAAAUAGGGUGUCUGAAAUCUUUCAGUGUCUUUGCCAAAACGAUAUUAUAGUUUUGGUUUCAAAUACAAUCCUACACAUUCCUCAAUCCUUAGUUAAAGGAAUAUAAAUAUGUUUCUUUGCAAAUCUUUUUACAUUCAGCAAAAUAUGCCAGACCUGAAAGUAUCAGCGAUGCCAGUAAUCCAGAAAUAUUGUAUUGUAAUAAGUUUGAUUCUUGGAUACUAGGCUUACUGCUCAAUCAUUUUUGCUGCUUUAUGGCAUGCUUGUUUGUAAAGAUAGAACAAUUUUAAGAUGACUUUUUUAGCCAUACCAUGAAGUUUAAAUUCCUGCUAUUUUGAGAUAAAAACACGUCGGUCCUGAUAAUGACAAAACAAUAUUUGAUACGUCAAAAAGAAGUAGCAUGAUAUUUCAACACUGAGGUUAACUUAAAAAGUUAUCAUGACUGCUCUGAUUCCUGCCUUACGUGAUGAAUACAGUUGUUACAUGAUUUGAAAUUGGACCGGAUCAUCAUUUCAGUUAUCGUAACAACACUAAUUCAUAGAUUCCGCUCUUGAGUUUCUUCGUGUUAUAAACCACAAUUUAUUAUUUAUGCAAGAGGAGAGAGCACAGAAUAAUAAACAAUUUGAAAACUUGAUAAAUGUAUUUCACUACCUACUGAACCAUAAUGCACUUUAUAAGUAUAUAUUUAAAUAGCCCACUUUAUCAGCAGUCCCAAGUUCUCGAAAGCCUAUUCCUCUACCAGUGUUGGGCUCCUUGGGGGAAAAAAAAAAAAAAAAAAAAAAGUGUUGUAAUGUAAUUACAGAAUUCAGAUACCGCUGCCUGUGUUGGAUUCUGAGAUAAGCUCAUGUUGUACAUACUGUAGUGUUUCUCUCUGACUGCACUUUUGCUUUGAAUUUUGUACAAUCUGCUGACCUACUACCACUUACUACUGACUACUGCUUUGGUUUUUAGUUGUUGGGUGUUCAUUAUGAUAACUUACAUGUAUUUUUUGUCUUUAACUUGUACUGUCAUGAAGGAACGUCUCCUGCACUCCAUUUCAAAGGUAGAGAUGGAAAAUUCCUCUUAGCUUGCCAGGUCCAGGAAUUUUCACUGUGUCAAUUUCUGGUGUGACCAUGCUAUAGAUAUACACUACAUCAAUGCCAUGCAGGGCGUGGAAAAAAAAAACUAAGGCACCCACUAGUUGACAGUAUAAGCAAACUUAUUAGACUGGAUGACAUCACUCUUUAAUUACAAGAGGAUUUAUCAAUUUAGAGGGUGUCACAUCAUUGACCCAUCUCUGAACUGGCAACCUUAUGGAAGCAAACAAGAGAUAUAAUAUUUCAAUUUUAAUAGCCACAUAAUAAUUAAUAUCGAAAUUUAAACACCACUGAAUUCAUAGGAUUGAAAUUCUUAGAUCUGAAUUUGAGUAAUCAAAUUUGAGCAUUUUUUUAAAUUCUGAAAUUUACAUUUUUGGAUCAGAAUUUGUGAACAUUGAAUUAUUAAUUUUAAUUUCAGAAGUGAAUUUAGAACAAAUUUAGUUGCGUGGUUUUCAAAGUAAAAUAUUGCAAUACUCUGAAUUAAGUGGUGUACAAAUUUCAAUGUUAAUAAUUCAUUGGCUGCUAUAAUUUAAGGAAUUGUUUCUUUUAUUAGCUUCAGUACAAAAACAUGCACCAGUUUUUGAAUUGUGAGAAUUUGCCUUUUCUUUCUCUGUUUAACAUGAUUGUAAGUUGUUAUCUUUGGGUUUUUGAACAGACAGGUUAACUGAUAAUUAAACUUAUUGUUAGAUGCAGCCCUUCAUCAGGGCAACAGUUAAGAAAAUAUGUUUGCUUGCAUUUUACUCAGUUACAGAUGAGAAGAGUUUAUUAGUUUAAUCCCUGAUUGUAUGGAAGAAAAUAAGAUACAUAUGUUAAAGACAGCUUAUUCUUGUUGAACAGAGAAAUGGAAAAACCCCCACAAUUAACUAACGAUCAACUACUGAACAAUAAAACCUCUCUGAAGUCUUGGAAAUCAAAUUUCAGAAUAUUAAUUGUUUUAGCUACAUAAGAGACAGUGUAGACCACUGAGGCCUUUUGGUCAAUAAAUCAUGAAGGGCCUUUUUUGUAAUUAUUACUGUUAGAAUUCCUUUUGGUCAUUUUUGAUCAUGUAGUCAGAAUUUUCCACUUUGUAUCACCUCUUGAAUGCAGCAUUAUGUUCUGCCCUCCUAUCCUAUCCUGCUGCAAGUUGUUCAUCUGACAUUUUGAGGCGUCCUGUAAUUUGUUGACCGUUAUGACUUUACAUGCUGACUUGCAUAUUAUGCAUAAUAAUCACUACCAAAUUCUUCUAAGUGUGCUGGUGUCCUACUUGGAAAUGGUGUUCUCAUUUUUGUACCGUACAUAAAAAUCAGAAUGAUCAAUGUUUUUCCAACAUUUCAUCUAAUUUAUUUUGUUGAUGGAUUAUAUUUUUUCAUCCUUGACAAAAAAUGAUCCAGUUGUGUAUCAAAUCUAUUUUGAAUGAAAAACAUCUUGCAUAUCGAAAAUACAUGCUUUUGUCAACAUUGUGUAAAUACUUGGAGAUUGUGUUUAUAUCAUAUUCAUACAAACUGUAAUGGUUGGGAUGCUAGACAACACAUAACAUUUAAACUGAGUGGGAUUUAAAGAAAAGCACACAUUUUUUAAUCCUAAUGUGCACCCUUAACAGUCCUUUUAACAUUUCAAAUGCUAUUUUAGACUCCUACCUCUAAUGUCAUUUUAAACGUUUUGUUGGUCAUUAUUCAUAGUGAUUGUUGUGGGAGCAUGAAUAAAGUUUAAAAACAUGUU